UCAAAACCCCUUUAUUAUUAGGAGGUUUAAGGAGGAUUCGCGAGGAAGAAGGAAAAUGGCGGAAGUUCUGGCCGGCGUGUCUCAGGCGUCUUUAAUUUUCCGGCCGCGGCUCCGGGGAGCUCUCUUCAGCAACAGUUUUUCAGUUAAACGCCUGCAAUUUCAAUCUACCAUCGGUAGCGGGAUUUCAUUUGAUUGUAAGACGGGAGUAUCUGCUAUCCGUGUUACCGACUCCAAAAAUGAAGAUAGCGAGAUUUAUACAGAUACCGAUGGCGGCGACUCUUCCAAUAAAGGGAUUCAUGGCGACGGGGGAGGUAGAGGUGGUGGAGGCGAUAAUGAUGGCAAUAGUGGGGAGGAAGAGGAACCUAACUCCAAUAGCCAGAAGAAAGCUAUGUCAAUGUCGCAGAAAUUAACUCUUGGAUAUGCUGCACUAGUAGGAGUUGGUGGCUUAAUGGGCUAUUUGAAGAGUGGUAGCCAUAAGUCGCUAUUGGCAGGGGGAGUCUCAGCCUCACUGUUACUUGCUGUUUUUAAACUGCUUCCCGGCAACCCUGUUCUUGCAUCGGCCGUGGGUCUUGGCCUAUCUGCUUCACUUCUGGUAGUAAUGGGAUCUCGUUUCAAGAAUUCGGGGAAGAUAUUUCCCGCUGGUGUUGUAGCACUUGUGUCGUUUAUAAUGACUGGAGGUUACAUGCAUGGAAUUCUACGUAGCUCGCAUUGAACAUAUGAUGUUAAAAAAGUGGUGAGCCAUGUCUCAUGAUAGUCGUAAACUGUAAUCGACGGAUGUGCUUGUUUUUGUACGAUCUCUUUUCUUUGCUGAUUGGAGCUUUCAGGUCUGUGAAAAUGAUUUGGUGUGCCUUCAGCUUUGUACUGCACCCUUUUCUCUUCAAGACUCUCUAUAUAAACUAUAAAGGGUAAGUAAUGUAGACCAUUGAAUAUUCGAAACUGGCUUCUUGAUUUGGCUGGUUUGGAAGCUGUUUUUUGGAACAGAUUUGGAGAAAAUAUGUUUGGAUAAUUGUUUUUAGAA